AGCGCUCGGCUUAAGCUUUGUGGUCAACAUGAAUGCUAGUGGCCCUGGAUAUCCGUUAGCCUCUCUCUACGUGGGAGACCUCCACCCGGACGUGACUGAAGCAAUGCUCUAUGAGAAGUUCUCACCUGCUGGGCCAAUAAUGUCCAUCAGAGUCUGUCGGGAUGUUGCAACGCGGCGGUCGCUGGGCUACGCCUACAUAAAUUUUCAGCAGCCUGCAGAUGCCGAGCGAGCCCUGGACACCAUGAAUUUUGAAGUGAUCAAAGGCCGACCCAUUCGAAUCAUGUGGUCCCAGCGAGACCCCGGGCUCAGGAAGUCAGGGGUGGGGAACGUCUUCAUCAAGAACCUGGAUGACUCCAUCGAUAACAAAGCCUUGUACGAUACAUUCUCGGCAUUUGGCAAUAUCCUGUCUUGCAAGGUGGUUUGUGAUGAGAACGGAUCCCGCGGUUAUGGCUUUGUUCACUUUGAGACCCACGAGGCAGCAACUCGAGCCAUUGAGACCAUGAAUGGGAUGUUGCUGAACGACCGGAAGGUAUUUGUUGGCCACUUUAAAUCCCGCAAAGAGCGUGAGGCGGAGUUUGGGGCUAGGGCAAUGGAAUUCACCAAUGUCUACAUCAAAAACUUUGGGGAUGACAUGGAUGAUGACAGACUGCGGGAAAUAUUCUCCAAGUUUGGAAAGACACUAAGUGUCAAAGUCAUGAUGGAUAACACUGGCCGCUCAAAGGGCUUUGGAUUUGUCAACUUUGAGAAGCAUGAGGAAGCCCAGAAGGCCGUGGCUGACAUGAACGGGAAGGAGAUCAAUGGGCGGAUGGUGUACGUGGGCCGAGCCCAGAAGCGGCUGGAGCGCCAGAGUGAGCUGAAACGGAAGUUUGAGCAGAUCAAGCAGGAAAGAGUGAGCAGGUACCAGGGGGUCAACUUGUAUGUGAAGAACCUGGAUGAUGGAAUAGAUGAUGAGAGGCUGAGAAAGGAGUUCUCCCCGUAUGGCACCAUCACCAGUGCGAAGGUGAUGACAGAGGGUGGACACAGCAAAGGGUUUGGAUUUGUAUGUUUUUCCUCCCCAGAAGAGGCUACUAAGGCCGUGACAGAAAUGAAUGGACGGAUUGUCAGCACUAAGCCUCUCUAUGUUGCACUUGCACAAAGAAAAGAAGAACGGAAAGCAAUUCUCACCAACCAGUAUAUGCAGAGAUUAGCUACCAUGAGGGCCCUGCCUGGCCCUCUCCUUGGCUCCUUCCAGCCCCCGGCGGGGUAUUUCCUACCCCCCAUCCCUCAGCCACAAACCAGAGCUACUUUCUACAGUCCCAGCCCAGUUGUCCCAGUCCGCCCCGCCACUCGUUGGAGUGCGCAGCCUUCCAGGCCUCCCCCAGCGUAUCCUGCAGCUACCCCGAUCUUGAGGGCUGCCGCACCGCCCCGGCGCCUGCUGUCCAACAUCAGCACCAUGAGACAGGCAUCCACCCAAGUGCCUCGCGUGCCUCCCCAGGCCCAAAGAGUGGCCAACAUAGGGACCCAGACAGUCAGUGCUCGAGUACCCUCCUCGCCUACCCUGCCGCGGGGCGCGCAGCAGUACAAGUACUCCUCGGCCGUGAGGAACAUCCAGCCGAUGGGGAACGUGACGUCCGUGUCGGCUCAGCAGGUCGGAGAGCCUGCUGUGCACGUUCAGGGGCAGGAGCCGCUGACAGCAUCCAUGCUUGCAGCAGCCCCUCCUCAGGAGCAGAAGCAAAUGAUAGGUGAGCGCCUCUACCCUCUGAUCCACGCGAUGCAUGCCUCGCUGGCCGGCAAGAUCACCGGGAUGCUGCUGGAGAUAGACAACUCUGAGCUGCUGCUUCUCCUGGAGUCCCCAGAUUCCCUGCGCUCCAAGAUCGAGGAAGCCGUCGCUGUUCUCCAGGCGCACCAGGCCGCUGAGACGUCGCACAAGGGCAGCGCUGCCGCCUUCCUGCAGUGAGCCGCGACUUGAGAGCUGAGAGAGCCUUGAACACUGACUUUGAAGAAAAACAGCAGCAACCUCACUAUGUUUGUUGGAAUGAUGUCAACACUGCUAUCCUGACUCGUCUUCAGUGCCCCAUCCUACUCUUGUGUGUGUGCGUUACAAGCCUUGCAGAAUUGCUCCCCCCUCCACCCAGGAAGAAUUAUGUCUCUAAACGAACCCUUGAAUUAAUUCUCCUCUUGCCACUGAAAGCAGUUCAUGAAAUGUGAUGUGGAACCCAGCCUGGUUCAGUUGUCCAGGAAAUGACAAGUGCUGAUGAGUGAUCAUUUUUAGUGAAGGCUUGGGGUUCUGUAAUUUUAUUUGUUCCUGUAGCUGACACUAAUAAAGAACUGAUACUU